AUGGCCUCCCCUGAAUCUCGACCCUCCAUAGAUAUCUCGCCAGAUCUGAAAAAUGACGCUGAACGCGACUUGAUCGAGAGUUCUCAAAGGGCCACUCGCCGAGAACAUGACCUGACCGUACGACAAGCUCUUUCCAAGCACAGGAGUGCUAUCUUCUGGGCAGCCUAUUUUGUUCUACCUGGUUUCGUCAUUGGUUACGAUCCAACAAUCCUCGGCAGUUUAGUCGGUGUUCCACAAUUCCGCAAGGAUUUUGGCUACGAAUACCCUGCUGGUUCAGGCACUUACGUUCUCUCUCCUUCUUGGACAUCCGCAUUCCCAUACGCACCUAUCAUCGGGUUCUUGGUGGCUCCAAUUUGGGCAGGAUGGUGCGUUGAUCGUUUCGGGCCCAGAAAAACACUGCUAUGCUGCACAACGCUCUCCCUCGGAACUCUCUUGAUGGAAGUCCUCGGUAACACUGCCGGCAUUAUCUUCGCCGGAGACCUCCUUACUGGCCUCCUUACUGGCGGCUUUCCCGUUCUUGGACCGGCAUACAUCUCGGAAAUCCUCCCUGUUAGUCUUCGAGGUAUCGGACUGGCAGCCAAUAAUUUUGCUCAGGUGGCUGGGUCAUUUAUUGCAAUCGGAAUCUUGCGUGGAACCGAAACUCGAGCGGAUAAAUGGGCGUACAAGAUCCCUUUUAUCACAGAAUACGCUUUCCCUGUGCUCUUCAUCCUUGGCGCGUUCUUCGCUCCCGAAACACCCUGGUUUCUGGUAAAGAAAGCGCGGUACGAAGAAGCAGCAAAAUCCCUGGAACGCACUGGAUAUACUCAGGAUCUCGACGAUACUCUGACUCAUAUGAAAGAAACUAUUAUAUUGGGGGAGCAGAGUGUAUCUACAACUACAUACCUUGAUUGCUUCAAGGGUACAAACUUCCGACGUACAGCUAUAUGUUCAAUCUGUUACAGCGGACAAUUCCUCUGCGGGAUUAAUGUUGUGUCUUCAUAUUGUACCUACUUUUUCCAGCUGGCGGGUGUGUCAACAGAUCAAGCAUUCGAUCUCUCUCUUGGUUUGUUUGCGCUUGGUAUUGUUGGUAAUGUGAUUUCAUGGCCUUUAGUGUCAAUCUGGGGUAGAAGAUUCGGCUACAUUUCAACUUGUUGCGCCACUGCAGUCUUGAUGUUUUUGAUUGGAUUUUUGGAUCUCGCACCGUCUUCCAACAAGGCCGCCCUAUAUGCUAAGUCAUCUAUGCUGCUUGUCUUUUACUUUAUUUACAACUUCGGUCUUGGUCCCCUUGUUUAUGCGUUGAUUGCCGAGAUUCCAAGCACAACAAUACGCGGAAAGACCAUGGGUGUGGCAUGUUCUUUUGCCCAUAUCUUUUCCCUUGUUAUUACAGCUGCUCUUCCCUAUGCAAUGAGCCCUCUUGAGGCGAAUUGGGGUGGCAAAAUUGGAUUUUUGUUUGGCGGACUCAGCGUUGGGGUGAUUGCUUGGGCGUUUAUGUGCUUGCCAGAAACCAAGGGAAGGACAUUUGAGGAGCUUGAUAUCCUCUUUGAACGGAAGACGCCUGCCUGGAGAUUCGAUAGCACUGACUUGACAGAUUUUGAUCGUGCGGCUGUGGUUCAUGGUGCGCAGAGUGUGAAUGUUUGA